AGCUGCUGUUCACGCGUAUUCAUCUUGAAUGUCUGGUUUGUCUCUCCGGCCAUGGCGACUAGAAAGACGCGAGCCAGCGCGAAUUGCAGGCGCUCUUUUAGCGAUUAGCUCCUAGGGUUUAUGGCGGCAGCGCGUCUCUCUCGCCCGCGCGCGCGGCGUGCCGCUGGCCAUGCGAGAGGAUCGAGGUGAGUGGCCGCGGCGGCAGCGAGCAGCAGAGAAAUCGCGCUGCGCGUUUGGGAUUUCGGGGCCGGAUCGAGGCUAGGGUUUUAGAGAUCUGGGAGCGGGAGGAUGGAAGCUCUCAAUGGGAAUUUCUACGGCUUCACGGCCGACGAUUACUACGAGCGCCUGGCGGCCGGGUCGGACAACAUGUCCGUGGACAGCGUCGCCAGCCUCCACACGAGCAAUGGCGGUGGAUCCGUGACGAUGACAGCGGCGGAGAGCAGCGUCGGCUCUAACGGGUCGAGCAGGACGAUCCUGAUGCACCCGGAGCUGGGGAUCAAGCGGGGCAACCGCAGCGUGACGGGCUCCUACAGUGUUGUCCACCCCAGCACCGUGGGCGCGCCGCCGCCCACGGACGAGGACGUGCUCACCAAUGCGCUCAUGGAUGCGCGCUCGCCCACGGAGGGGCUCGAGGGCUACGACGACUGGACGCUGGAUCUCCGGCGGCUGGCCAUGGGCCACGCAUUCGCGCAGGGCGCGUCGGGCCGGCUCUACAGGGGGACCUACGACGGCGAGGACGUGGCGGUGAAGAUCCUGGAGCGGCCCAAGAACAACGCGGAGCGCGCGCAGGUGAUGGAGCAGCAGUUCACGCAGGAGGUCCGGAUGCUGGCGGCGCUCAAGCACCAGAACGUGGUGCGAUUCAUCGGGGCGUGCCGGAAGCCGCUGGUGUGGUGCAUCGUGACCGAGUACGCCAAGGGCGGAUCCGUGCGCUCGUUCUUGAGCAAGCGGAAGUCGAGGCCCGUGCCGCUCAAGCUGGCGGUGAAGCAGGCGCUGGACAUCGCGCAGGGGAUGCAGUACCUCCACAACCUGGGAUUCAUCCACCGGGAUCUCAAGUCGGACAACUUGCUCAUCGCCACCGAUAAGUCGAUCAAGAUUGCCGACUUUGGCGUGGCCAGGAUCGAGGUCCAGACCGAGGGGAUGACGCCCGAGACCGGGACGUAUCGCUGGAUGGCACCAGAGAUGAUCCAGCACAGGCUUUACACACACAAGGUGGACGUUUACAGCUUUGGCAUUGUCCUGUGGGAGCUCAUCACAGGAUUGCUACCGUUCCAGAACAUGACGGCCGUGCAGGCAGCGUUUGCGGUGGUGAACCGAGGAUACAGGCCGGGCAUCCCAGCCGACUGCCCGCCGGCGCUGGCCGAGAUAAUGAGCCGGUGCUGGGACGCAAACCCAGACUCGAGGCCGGGGUUCGCGCAGGUGGUCAAGAUGCUCGAGGAAGCUCGGGCGGAGAUCGUGCACUCGGUUGGCAAGGCCAGAUUUCGCUGCGGCUGCAUGGCUCGUCCCUUGACCAACGAUUGAGUGACAAGAUCUCGCGAAGAACUGUGAUGAUAAGCAAAAGAGAAGAAGAAAAGAGUGAGAGCAGUGGAGUGAACGAAGAAAGAAAAACUGUCCGGGUUUUUGAGAGAAAGCAUUGUAUAUUGUUGGUAAUUUUACUAACUCUUCUCUUUGUGUA